AUGUCCAAACUCUACGACGUCCUCAUCAUCGGCGGUGGCCCAGCCGGCCUCUCAAUGGCAACAACCCUCGCUCGCCAAGUCUACUCCAUCCUCAUCCUCGACUCAGGCAUUUAUCGCAACGCCCCUACAAAACACAUGCACAACGUGCCAGGCUUCGACCACGUCGAUCCAGCUUCUUUCCGCGCCAAAGCCCGCGAGGAUUUACAAAAGCGUUAUGAAAGUGUUGAGUUUAAAUCUGCUACUAUAUCUACCGUUCGCAAAACAGAUGAUGGUGUGUUUGAAGCUGUUGAUUCUGAUGGAGGUGUGUAUAAGGGGAGGAAACUUGGCUUAGGAACUGGUGUGAGGGAUGUUUUUGAGGGGUUGCCGAAGGGGUAUGAGGAUUGUUGGGGGAAGGGAAUUUUCCAUUGUCUUUAUUGUCAUGGUUUUGAGGAACGUGGUGCUGAGUCUGUGGGUGUCUUUGCAGGAGGCAUGAUCUCCAACGCAGACAUGCUCGCCCAUGUAACACCCAUGGCCAAACGACUUUCCAACAGCGUAACAGUCUACACCAAUGCCUCCCCCUCUCUAUCCUCAACAGUCCAAUCCAAGAUCCACAGCAGCAAAGUUCACUACGACGACCGAAAGAUAACAUCCUUCGCCCUCGUCAACGGUGGACCAUCAGUAAAAAUCACCUUUGAAGAUGGAUCUUCUAAGGUUGAAGGUUUCGUGGUUAAUCAUCCGAAUGUGGUUCAAGCUGCGCCGUUCGCGGAACAGCUUGGUCUUGAGAUGGCUCCUUCGGGGGAGGUCAAGGUUGAGGCGCCGUGGAAUGAGACGAAUGUUAAGGGGUGUUUUGCUGGUGGUGAUGCGGCUACUAUGAUGAGGAGUGUUAUGCAGGCUAUGCAUAUGGGGGGAUUUGCGGCGGUGGGUGUUGCGAUGCAGUUACAGAAGGAGUUUGAUGAGAAAGAUGAGCUGUGA